AUGCCGCUUUCUUUUGUAUCCUGGAAUUGUAGAGGAGGGCUUUUGUUUAACAGGAAACAAAAAUUCAUUCGUGACUUGGUCUCCACCCAUAAACUUGCUUUUAUCGGUUUGUUAGAAUCUAAAAGGGAGCUAGUGGAUGAUUUUCUUGUGAGGAAAUUAUGGCCAAACUUGGAUUUUAUGUUCGAUUGGAUUCCGUCUGUUGGUGCUUCAGGUGGUUUACUCUUAAUUUGGAAUUCUGUGAGUUUGAGUAAUGUUGCUAUUUCCAAAGGUUCUAGAUGGAUCGCUAUGGAUUUUCUUUUUCAGGGUGUUAGCUGUCGCCAUAUCCUUGUCUAUGCUAGUAACUUGGCACCAGAGAGAUUAUUGCUUUGGCAGGAGCUAGAGUCUUUGUUGAGUUUUAAUGGCACCAUUCUUAUCAGUGGUGACUUUAAUGAAACUAUUCAUCCAGAGGACAGACUGAAUGGGGUUGGGUACACGCUUUCCAUGUUGGCUUUCAGCGAUUUUGUGAACAAUUCGGAGUUGAUGGACUUGCCACUUCAUGGUAGAUUAUUCACCUGGCAAAAUUCACUCUCCAAAUCGCGUAUUGACCGUUGUUUGAUCUCUGCAACUGCAGGUACUAUCUGGCCUUUCAUGUCUCUCACUGCUUUACCUGGGAAUCACUCAGAUCAUGUUCCCCUAUGUUUUCGGUCAAUGAAUAUUAUUGAUUGCGGACCUAAGCCUUUUCGCUCAAUUGAUGCUUGGUGGGAUCAUACAGAUUUUGCUAAGUUUGUAGAGGUUAGCUGGCUGUCAGUUUGUGAGAAACACACUAAUCUCACUUUGAGAUUAAAAGAGCUUCGGCACUGCAUUAAAAUUUGGAACCAAACUAUUUUUGGUGACCAAAAUAAAAGGAUUAAGGAGCUUACAACAGAGAUUUUUUCGAAAGAAGCCGCAGCUGACCACCACGCGAUUUCUGAAGAGGAAAGGAUGGAGAUUGGAAAUCUUAAAUCUGAGCUUUGGAAUGCGGAGAAAAGGGCAGAUUCAAUUUGGCUUCAGAAGUCUAGAGUAAAUUGGAGCAAUGCAGGAGAUAGAAAUACAAAUUUUUUUCAUAGUGUCGCCUCCAAACACUAUAGAAAUAACCAUAUUUCUAGCAUCCAGGUGGAGGAGUCUGUUUUUGAGGAGCCUGCAGACAUUCGGUUCCAUAUAAGAGAUUUUUAUAAAUCUCUUUACGGCCAGCAGGAUCAGAUAGAUUUUGAUCUCUCGGGGCUGCUUUUUGACAAAAUUUCCGAUGUUCAAGCACAGGGGCUGAUUAUGCCUUUUAGUGAAGUGGAAAUUUUUAAAGCGCUUUCGUCUUGUGGUGAAAGAAAAGCUCCGGUACCCGAUGGGUUUAACUUCUACUUUUAUAGAAGAGCUUGGGUAUUUAUGAAAGGCGUUUUUUUGGAGUUUUUUGCUGACUUUCAUAGUUCGCAUUCGCUUCCAUCUGGCAUCAACACUUCUUUCAUGGUUUUGGUUCCUAAAGUGGCAGGAUCUUCUAGCAUCAAGGACUAUAGACCGAUAAGUCUAGUAAAUGGUUGCUUCAAGCUUCUCUCGAAGACUCUUUCUCUGAGACUAGCGCCUUUACUUACUAAGGUGGUUUCUGAUAGUCAACAUGCUUUUUUAAAAGGCAGAAGCAUUUUGGAAUGUUCCAUGAUAGCCAAUGAACUAGUUCAUUUGGCCUCCAGGAGAAAAGACAAGCUGUUAGUUCUUAAGCUUGACUUUCACAAGGCUUUCGACAGUAUAGAUUGGAGACACUUGAUGAGUGUUAUGAAGAGUAUGAAUUUUCCUGCAAAAUGGAUUGAAUGGAUGUUUGCCUGUCUCUCCUCGGCAACAACAGCAAUAUUAGUUAAUGGCAGUCCUGUGGAGCCAAUUAACUUAAAAAGAGGUGUUCGUCAAGGGGAUCCAAUCUCUCCUUAUUUGUUUGUUAUUGCGGUGGAGGGGCUGAAACGCAUUCUAGACAAAUCGGGUGAAUUGGGGUUUACUAGUGGCUAUUGCUUUGCAGAUGAUCAGAAUCCCAUCUCGUUGCUCCAAUUUGCGGAUGAUACAUUACUUUAUCUCCCUUUUGAUAUUGAGCAGCUACAGAAUCUUACUAGAAUCCUUCGCUGUUAUGAAAUUGUUUCUGGUUUAACUAUUAAUUUCCAUAAAAGCUCUAUUAUGGGAAUUAAUGUUUCUAAUGAUGAUUUGUUUUUAGCGGCUGAAAUGGUUGGGUGCAGGAUUGAUUCUCUGCCUGUGAAGUAUUUGGGUCUACCCUUAACCGGGCGGAAACUUGUUACGGGUACAUGGGAUCAUGUGAUUGAGCGAUUUAAAUCGCGUUUGGCUUUAUGGAAGGGCUCUCUGCUAUCUCCUGCAGGUCGGUUGGUUCUUAUAAAGUCAGUUCUCUUCAGUAUCCUAGUUUAUUUUAUGUCUCUUCACAGCAUGCCGAAUACUAUUUUUAAGAAAAUGGAAUCAUACAUGAUUCGAUUUCUUUGGAAAGGGGAUGUGUCAAACCGGGUUCUGAGUAAGGUUUCGUGGAAGACUAUUUGCCAAGACUAUGAUAAAGGGGGUUUGGGCAUCACUAACCUACAUAUCAGAAAUCAAAGCCUCUUAUUUAAAUGGGUGUGGAAAUUGAGGUGUGGCAACGAUAAUUCUCUUUGGUUUAAGGUUAUUUCUACUUGCUCGUUAGUUAUAAAUUGGGAGUGCCUUCUUAACGGGGAUGCCAAGAAAUUAUCUUAUAUUUGGAAAGGAAUUCGAAAAUCAUGUUGCUUAGAUAAUUUUGCAUGGGAUAUCUUUAUUGCAAAUAUUAGAUUUGACGUUGGCAGAGGCAAUUCUAUCUCUCUAUGGAAUGAUAAUUGGAUGGAUAAUGGUCCGGCUUCUUUUUUAUUCCCUAGGCUUUACAACCUUUCGAACCAAAAAAGAGCGUUUAUUGAUGAGAUUUGGACUCGAGGUUGGCGUUGGAGGCGUCGUUUGCGAGGAUCAGAGGCCUUAUUGUUCCAACCGUUACAAAUCAUUUUUGGUCGCCUGAAUAGUACACUCACUACUGAUGAUGUGGUUUUAUGGAAUUCUAAUUCUGGUUUGUUUUCUCCAAACUCAUUUUGUAGGUUUGUAAACAGAGCUAUCCUUCUGGAUAGAAACCAUAAUAACACAGGUCUGAAUAUAAAUGUUGAAGCAAAUGAUAUCAGACCUGCUGCUGUAAACGUUUCUUCAAGAACUGCUGCUGCUCACCGAUUUUUUGCAGGAGGCGGGACUGGAUUGGCGAGUGAGGCUGUCUUAUCAGGUAUGGAUAUCACAGCUAGGAGGUUUGGCCAUUUCCACGAAACUGUAGCUGCUAUUCAGUCCUCACGACCACCAAUUGAAGAAUUGAACACUGAUGCUCCUCAUCUUUUUGCUUCACGGUAUCAGCUAGCUGCUGAAAUAAUUGUGGAGGACAAUGGCAAUUCAGUUAAUAGAGAUGUUGCUACCCAUGUUCAAAACAGUACCAUUCCGUUUAUGGUCGUUUGGAAAUCAACAGCUCCUCCUCGAGUUAAGUUCUUCAUUUGGCUUGCUUUACAUAAUAGAGUUCCGUCACUAGAUUUUUUGGUUAGACGUACUAUUAUUACAAUGGAUAAUUCUUUGUGCUCUCUUUGCAAUGUUGUCGAAACGCAAGCACACAUUCUUAUUCAUUGUGAUUUCGCUAGAAGUAUUUGGAAUGGUAUACUUCAGAAGAUUGACCUGACUUGGAUUUUUCCGGGUACAUUUGAAGACUUCAUGAUUCAAUGGGAGAGUAUUGUUCAUAGAGGUCCGUAUCGAAAACUAUGGCAGACUUUAUGGUUUCUUGUGAUUUGGGAGUUAUGGAAGUGCAGGAAUGCCAGAGUUUUUUCAAACUCGGUCACUAAUAAGGAUACAAUGAUUUUUAAUUGCUUCAUGAAAGCAGUCUUUUUCUUUAAAGGUUGUAAUAGAGAUUUUUCUUAUUCAGGGUUGUAUUUUUUUAGAAAUCCUUAUGCCAUUUUGUUCUCGGAUUCUUGA